CGUCUGGUCGCUUCUAGCUUUUGUUAUCUUAUUAUCAAACGAGACAACCUCGUUUUAAAGCACAGUGGAGUUUUAUAGGUGCUUUAACUCUAAUCUGAGGUUGCAAUUUCUUCAUAUUCCACCAUGAGCAGGUUAGAGUGUUUGGGGAAGUCCUUCACUGGUUCACAGAAGAAGUCAGCAGAAGUCACCUCUUCUCAUAAUGAGAAGCCCAAAAACAUUGACAAAGUUGGGGGGAAGGCAGGCCCUGAUAAACUUUGGAGUCCUCCUGCUCCACCUUGUUCUGUGCAGGUUUCUCGCCACAAAGGUCAAAAAUCUGAGUUGCCAAGUGGGGACAUGCUGAAUGAAGAUGGAAGAAGGCGACAUGAUGUCCGCCCUGAAGUCAAGCAUCAUCAAGCUAAUGAGGGGGAAGAGGGUGACGAGGAUGAAGACAUUAAGGUGCCAGUGGAGCUGAAAAUGGAGUUCCUCAGAGCUGUGAUAAAGCGAGACUUAAAGCUGGCCUGUAAACUGUGUCAGAUGAUUCUCAUCUAUGAACCAGAAAACCCAGAGGCCUCCAACUUUCUCCCACUGAUCAAGAAGAAGCUGCUUGAAGAGCAAGAGGCUAAGCAGAGCAGCGAGGAAGACGAUGAUGAUGAUGAUGACUCCGAUGACUCUGGGAGUGACGAGGAGUUGUCUCACAGCUCCAGCGGCUCCUCGCCCUCAGAUGAUGACGAUGAUGAUAGCGAAGAAAAGCAGGUGCACAGACACAAACGGUGUCCUUCUGAAAAUGAUACAUAAAUCUGUUGAACAAAAUUGAGCAGUCCUAUUCCGUUAAUUUACAUCAGCAUCUUUUCCGAUGGCAUCGUGUUAGUUUUGAAAGACGAUGCGUCACUCUCUGGACCAGCUCACUCUGCUCGGUUCAAACCAACGCUUUCCUCCGUCGGAUGACAGUUCAUUAUUUAACAAAAACACGCGACAAUAACUCAAAGACUUUAAUAAUAACCUUUUAAAAGACCUUUUAAUAAGGCAGUUUUUUUCUUACCACUGUAACUUUUGCUGCUUUGCUAAAGUGCUCAUGAUGGAUA